UGUCUUGUUGGAGAUGGCCUAAGAGCACCUUUAUCAGGGAGAACUCCAAAAUCCAAAUGGGGUUUUAAACAAAAAAAGAGUUAUUAUUCUAAUGGGGCUGAUCAGGCGAACUUCUCUGUCUAUGUACAUUCACAACCUGAUUUCGUGUUCAAUGAAGAGACCACGAGAUCACAUUAUUUCUAUAACCGCCAGCUAAACAAUAGCAUCAACGUAAUAUGGGGAGAAUACAGCAUGAUCCAAGCAGAGAGAUUGUUGCUUUCAACUGCUUUAGAUGAUCACUCAAACCAAAGAUUUAUUCUUCUCUCUGACAGUUGUGCUCCGUUAUAUGACUUUGGUUAUAUAUACAAAUAUCUCAUCUCUUCACCGAGGAGUUUUGUGGAUAGUUUUAUUAAUACUAAAGAGAGACGGUACAGUAUGAAUAUGUCUUCAGUCAUACCUGAAGAGAAAUGGCGAAAAGGGUCACAAUGGAUAUCUGUGAUCAGAAGUCAUGCAGAGCUCAUUGUUAAUGAUGGUAUUGUAUUCUCAGCUUUUGAGAAAUUUUGCAAGAAAGCUCCACCUUUUGGUUCACAAGAGGCACAGCUUAGUCAGAACCUGCGCAACUGCAUCCCUGAUGAACACUAUAUCCAAACAUUACUUACGAUGCGUGGACUAGAGAGUGAAAUGGAACCAAGAACACUGACGUACACUGUAUGGGACGUCUCGGGUUCAAAACAUGGAGCCAAGUCUUGGCAUCCCGUCACAUUCACAUAUGAAAACUCCGGCCCUGAGGAUCUACAAGAAAUAAAGAGUAUAAACCAUGUCAAUUACGAGUCUGAAUCACGAACAGACUGGUGUAAGGCCGACUCAAAACCUGUUCCGUGCUUUCUCUUUGCAAGGAAAUUUACCAAAGAAGCAGCUAUGCGCCUUGUGAGUGAAGUACUAAUAGGAUCAUCAAAAACGUAGACUUAUAAGUUAUAACUCUACAACAGGGUCAGUAAGUUUUUAUGUUAAACUGAAAAAGAGAACGUAACUUUUAGGCCAAGCAACAGAGAGUAUAUAGAGUAAGGAACACCACUGAUACAUAAGACAUCACUAAUGAAGUGAAUUUAUGUUCGGUGUUAAAAGGUUUUUGUUAAUAUGCCUGAAGAAACUAGUUUUGAUUAAUACAUUAUUCCAUAAUUUAUUCAUCGACAUAAUCGAUAAACAUAUCUUUUUCUUUUUGAAACACGAUAAACAUACUUAAAAAAGAAUAUUUACUCUCCUAAUUUUUUUUUUUUUAGUUUAGUUUGCGGAUUUUCACAACCGAAAUUUAAAGGGUAUGCUACAAAGCAGAAUUUUUAUUCUAUUUAUGAUUUGCUGGAAAAAUCUUUUGUUGUUAUUUUAGCGGGGGAAAAUAUGUGUUUUCGAACGAGUCUAUCUAUCUAACUAUCCAGGAGUCAAACCUACGUACCCGAGUGCUCUUACAACGGAUUUAAGUUAAGUUAUGUCAACUUUGAACAGCGACUCAUCUUCCAUGUAUUACAGCUGUUGAUAAAUACAGGAAUAGAUAUCGCAAUGAUAUAAUUGUUAUUUUUAUCAAAAACAAUUAUGUAAUUGUGAUAACCGUAAGAAAAUGAUAUGCGAUUUCGUUAUAUUACUGCUUGUAGUGUCGAGAGGAGUAAUAUGUGAGAUCUUUCAAUUCUAUUUCCUAAACCAAAUAUAUAGAUUAAAAGAAAAAUAAAGAUUUGUUACGGAAAAAGAAAAGAGAGGCAAAAUAAAGACUUCAACCCCAAAUCUCAAUAAGAAUUGAAAGAGUGUUCCACAGCGUAACUUUUCGACAUGUACGUAUUUAAAAUUGUUUGUACCUGCUUAGGUAGCAAAUAUACUAUUCAUCCAAUUAUUCCACAAGUCAACAUCUAAUCGAGUGCUCUUAUAACGGAUUUUAGUCAAGUUCGGAGAAAGAUUCAUUUUCCGUGUGUUACGGGAAUUCUGUAUUGUUUGUAUGAUCUUUUAUUAUUUGCUUCACAGAUUGGAAAAUUUAGUUCAGAAAAAAGAUAUGGAAACUGGUUGGUAAUAAUAUUAUGAUGCUUCAUAAAAUCUUAAAGAUGCUUUCUUUAGUUCUUACGUCAAAAUGGCACGGCAAGUGUGUACACACACGAGUCACAAGAUAUACACUUGGUAUUGAAAUAUAUAAUCAAAGGUAAUACCGUAAUGGUAAAAGAUUUUUCUUAUAUCGAAAAUAACAAUAUUUUUGAAUAAUCACAUCUUGUACUUUGUCUUUUUAAAUAGAAUACCCUUUUUCAAAAAACAAUAUUUUCUUAUAAACAUAAAUAGUAUAAAUCAAUCCAAAAUUCAUAGGCUGAUCGAUACCUAAACAUAUUGAAAUACUGAGGAAAAUAUAUUUUGAGGAAUAAAAGAUUUUAAAAACCUUCUAUACAAAAAUGUUUUGCAGUCUGAGAUUAAAUAUAAACUAAGAGAAUAAUAUGAUACUGCAAGUAGUGUUUGGAGAUGAGCUUUUAGUAUGUGGU